AUGCCUGCCUUUGGUUGUUUCGUGGACGCCACCGCCGUUUCUCCGCCUCCAUCUCACGUCCCCUACGCUUUCUCCAGCUGGGACAGCACCCUCCACGCCGCCGGCGCCGCCUGGUCGCCCGCCCACUCGGCGUUGCUGUACCGGGUCGACGGCUGGGGCGCCCCCUAUUUCACCGUCAACUCCAACGGCAACGUCUCCGUUCGUCCCUACGGCUCCGGCACCCUGUCCCACCAGGAGAUCGAUCUCCUCAAGGUCGUGAAGAAGGCCUCCGACCCCAAAGACUCGGGCGGACUCGGGCUACCUCUGCCGCUGAUCGUCCGGUUCCCAGACGUCCUCAAAAACCGCCUCGAGUCCCUCCAAUCCUCCUUCGACUUUGCUAUCCAAUCCCAGGGGUACGAGGCCCACUACCAGGGCGUCUAUCCGGUGAAAUGCAACCAGGACCGGUUCGUGGUGGAGGACAUCGUCAGAUUCGGCUCUAGCUUCAGGUUCGGGCUUGAAGCCGGGUCCAAGCCCGAGCUCCUCCUUGCCAUGAGCUGCCUCUCCAACGGUGGAAGCCCCGAGUCCCUGCUCGUCUGCAACGGCUUCAAGGACGCCGAGUACAUUUCCCUUGCCCUCCUCGGCCGCAAGCUCCACCUCAACACCGUCAUCGUACUCGAGCAGGAAGAAGAGCUCGACACUGUCAUCCGCAUCAGCCGGAAGAUCGGAGUCCGGCCCGUCAUCGGCCUUCGUGCCAAGCUGAGAACCAAGCACUCCGGCCAUUUUGGAUCCACCUCAGGCGAGAAAGGUAAGUUCGGCCUCACCACCACCCAGAUCCUCCGUGUCGUGAACAAGCUGAGGCAUCACGAGAUGCUCGACUGCCUUCAGCUUCUCCAUUUCCACAUCGGGUCCCAGAUCCCAUCCACGUCUCUCCUAUCAGACGGUGUGGGCGAGGCUGCCCAGAUCUACUGUGAGCUGGCCCGACUCGGGGCACGUAUGACUGUAAUUGACAUAGGCGGUGGCUUAGGCAUUGAUUAUGACGGCUCCAAGUCCCAAGAGUCUGACAUAUCAGUUGGAUAUACUCUCGAUGAAUAUGCCUCAGCUGUUAUUCGGGCUGUGAAGCUCGCUUGUGAUGCUAAGGGCAUUAAGCAUCCCAUCAUUGCCAGUGAAAGCGGCCGGGCUAUUGUCUCUCACCACUCUAUUCUGGUUUUCGAAGCUACAGCUUCCUGUUCAAAUUACGAGCCUCCCGAGAUCUCGCCUAUCGGGCUUGACUACUUUCUUGAUCAGUUCACGGGCAGCGGUGAAGCCCUUGCCGACUACCAGAAUCUAUCUGCAGCCGCUGUCCAAGGUGACUACGAUGCUUGUCUGCUUCACGCGGAGAAACUCAAACAAUUUUGUGUCGAACAGUUCAAACAGGGAUCUCUUGGAAUGGAGCAGCUUGCCACUGUUGAUGCUCUCUGUGAGUUGAUUUCAAAUGCAGUUGGCCUGUCGGACGAUCAGCUCCACACUUACCAUGUUAAUGUCUCGGUUUUCACCUCAAUCCCCGAUUUCUGGGGCAUAGGCCAGCUUUUCCCAAUUAUACCAAUCCACAAGCUGGCCGAAAAGCCUACUGUCCGUGGGAUUUUAUCAGACUUAACUUGCGACAGUGAUGGUAAAAUCGACAGGUUCAUCGGAGGCGAAUCGAGCCUGCCUCUGCACAGCCUGGCGGGCCCUGGGGAAAGCCCGUACUAUCUCGGGAUGUUCUUGGGUGGAGCCUAUGAGGAGGCUAUUGGGGGCUUGCACAAUCUUUUUGGUGGGCCUAGCGUGGUUCGUGUGUCUCAAAGCGACGGGCCUCAUGGAUUUGCAGUGACUCGGGCUGCUCCGGGUCCAUCAUGCGGGGAUGUGCUUCGUGUGAUGCAGCAUGAGCCCGAGAUCAUGUUUCAGACAUUGAAGCACCGUGCAGAGGAGUUUGUUGGGGACGAGGAAGAUGGCGUCUUGGGGAUUGCUAACGGGCUUGCUUGUUCGUUUAACAAUACCCCUUAUUUAUCGACAGGUGUCCUAACCUCGUUGGUUGCAGGUCAUGACGGGUAUUAUUAUGGGUGCAAAGAUGAAGGGUUUGUGUUGUCGGGUGGUGGUGAUGCUGUUGUUGGUGCUGAGGAAGAGCAGUGGUCUUAUUGCGUGGCUUGA